GGUGGCCUCGGCGGUGCUGGAGAGAUCGGCGGUGCUUCUGCAUGGCCCUGAUAGCUCGGGUCCCGCUUUGGAUGCAGCCAGUCACAAGGCUACGGCCCUGCUCGGCACUGAGCCCUGACUUGAAGGUUGAUCUAACAUAAGUCAUUUUGGGGGGAAAAAAAAGUGUCAGAAAAGCUUCCCUAGGUCAGACCACGUACAACAGCGCAUUGCUCGGGAUUUUGGCGUGGCAGAAAUGGCCCUUGCUCUGUGGAAGAACUUACUUCAGACUACAAAGAAAAGGAUACUACAACAGAGAAGGUUGUCACUGUAUAAUGGUGCUCAUGGCUAUGAGGAAGAAUUGAUAAAGAAGAAACUUCAACAGUUUUCUGGUGGAUCCAUCAACCUUUCCAAAGAAGACAAUGGCAUUGGAAUACUUACUUUGAAUAACCCAAAGCUAAUGAAUGCAUUUACAGGUACUAUGAUGGUAGAACUCCAGGAGAAGGUAACUGAACUGGAAAACUGGAAGGAUGGCAAAGGUCUUAUAAUCCAUGGUGCAGGAAACACUUUUUGCUCAGGAUCUGAUUUGAAUGCUGUCAAAGAAAUAUCCAACUCCCAGGAUGGGAUGUAUAUGUGCAUGUUUAUGCAAAACACCUUAACCAGACUUACAAGGUUGCCUUUGAUCAGUGUUGCACUAGUUCAAGGAAAAGCUUUUGGAGGAGGAGCAGAACUUACCACAGCAUGUGAUUUCAGGUUGAUGACGCCUGGAAGUGAAAUUCGGUUUGUCCACAAGCACAUGGGCCUGGUGCCAGGCUGGGGCGGCGGUGCCCGGCUGGUGCGGAUCGUGGGCAGCGGCGCAGCCCUGCAGCUGCUGGGCGGGGCUGUGCGGGUGGACCCCGAGAGGGCUCGCAGCCUCGGGCUCUGCGAGGAGACGCUGCCGUCCUCGGACGAAAGCGGAGCGCUGGGAGAGGCGCGGGCCUGGCUGAGUCAGUACACGGAGGGUCCGACCGCUGUGAUCCGGGCUGUGAAAAAGGUGGUGACAGCAGGAAGAGAGCUCCCACUGGAAGCUGCCCUAAGGACAGAGAAGGACAUUUUUGGGACUGUAUGGGGUGGGCCUGCCAAUUUACAGGCUUUAGUUAGAAGACCAAAACAUAAAUGAUGGUUUAUGCAUAAGAAUUAGGCUUGACCUUUUUGCAGACAAAGCUUUCAGUAAGGCAGCCAUUAAACUGAAUCAUUUAAGGACUUGUCCAUUUAAAAUGGCAUUAACAUUCCUGCCAUUUAGGUCAGGCAGGCAUAUCUGGUGUGCAACCACAGAGAAAUCCCGGGCAUAUUCUCUACUGUCCUAAUCACCCACUGAAUCGAGAUUAGUGAAAUUAGUAUGUAAAGGUAAAUACUGUGCUGAAAAUAGAACUAUAAUUCAUUUGGAAUGAGGCUGAAGACUGUUUUAUUUGGUGUUUUGUUUUGAUUUUUUUAAACUAGUAUGGAAAUUAAUUACUUGAAAGUUACGAGGCUUAUUCAUUUGCAGAACAGGUGCAUCUAGAGCUGCAACAUGUGAGUUCCCCAACAUGACACUGGUGUCUUUAAGCAGCUUGGAAAAGAUAAAAGCUAUCCUCCCACUAGUAAUUAUUUUUUCAUUCUAGUUAGUUCUUUGUGUAAUUGCUGAGAAAGUAUCCUUCAGUUUUAAUGCUGCUUUUACAGAAGCUUUGAGUUAGUAAGAAGCUUCUAGCACUCAUUUACUAUCACUGAUUCAGGUUUUUAAAUUUAUUUUGGUGUCUUCUCACUGCUCAAGGAAUCAACUACCCACACAUGCAUCUGCACAUUCCCAUAUCGUGUACCUGCACAAAGCUGCUGGCCUGGUUCUUUACACAGAAUCUAAUUGAAAUCUUGGAAGGCCAUGAUCAUGCCCCUAAAUGUUCUUAGGCAACUGGGUGAUGUGAGUACUUCAGCAUUCUGGUAAGAUGUGAGUGGCUAUGUCUAUGUCUUUCUUCAAUGCAUUUUUACUGGUAGGGUACAUUUGGACUGACUAGAAGGUUUGGAACUCAGUCUCCACUUCAUGCCAGUGAUUAUGCAAGUAAUUGGAUAACUCAGUGGGGAAAGUUUUCCCUUUAGAAAUUAGAAACUGACACAGAGCGCCUGCUUUAAAAAUAAACAUCUGUGAGAGCAAAACCAUA